AUGUAUCCAUCUCCGUUGUUCUUCCCUCAGGAUCUCAUCACCGAGGUGCUUAGCAAAUUUUGGGACACCCUCAUUUCAGAUCCCAUCUUUGUGAAAUUGCAUCUCAAAAGAUCAGCAAAGCGAAAUCCUCAAAUCAUUCUAAUUACCGGUCAUGCAAAACAUAUCCGAGGCGAGUCACCCUAUGGAAGUGAUGAUGAAAGUGAGCAUGAGUGCGGUGUCAUUCCCUAUUCCAUUAGCAGUUUGGUUGAUAAUCCGUCCUUCAACCUUUCUGUCGACUCUUAUCAGCUGGUGGAAGACAAAGGAUGCUCUCGUAUGGUUGGUUCUUGCAAUGGAUUGAUCUGUUUGGCUGGUGAUUACUUGAUCCGUGAGUAUAAAGACCACUGGCUUCGAUUGUGGAACUCAGCCACUAUAACAACAUCCCCAAAAUUUGGGUGUGUUCGCGAAUUUCGCAAUCCACCUGAUAUUUUCGCCUGUGAUCGCUAUUAUAAAUACACAUUUGGUUGGGAUGAAUCUACCGACACUUACAAGGUAGUUGCCUCAGAAUUCAAUGAACCUGAAAUGAGAAGCAAUGUGAGAAUUCUAAGUUUGGCUGAUAAUGUUUGGAGAAAAAUUGAAAGUUUCCCAGUUGAACCCAUGGGUUCAGACUUAUCUAUGGACAGCGAUUAUGUUGGUAUGUAUCUCAAAAGCACUAUUAAUUGGUUGGCUAUUCGUGAUAAACUUUGGUAUAUCGGUGAUGAUUAUAAGAAUAUUAAUGUUGAGCAAUUUGUUAUUGUUUCACUUGAUUUAAGAACGGAGACAUACAAUCAAUAUUUCUUACCUCGUGAUUUUGACGAGGUGCCUCCUGCAACGCCAAUUGUUAGUGUGUUGGGGGAUUGUCUCUGUUUUUCUUAUUGUUACAAGGAAACAAAUUUUGUUAUAUGGAAGAUGGAAAAUUUUGGAGUUGAUGAUUCUUGGAUUCAAUUCCUUAAAAUUAGUUAUUACAGUCUUCAAAUUGAUUAUGACUAUAGUAACGAAUAUAUAAAAUAUUCUUUUAAUUUUGUUCCGCGGUUUCUGUCCAAGGAUGGUGAUACAUUGUGUCGGGGGAAUUCAGAGCUUCGAGAACAACAGUUAAGGCAGUGUCAGGGGAGAAAGAAUUCAGACGAAAAUGGUUUGAGUUAG